UUUGUCGAAGACAAAAUGACAAAUGUCAUCGCAGUUGUGUAAACUGUGAUUACUGUGAACCGUAUAAUGUUAGAUAUUGUAAAUAUUUAAUAGUAAAACAUAAUAUAAUAACUUUGAUUUAUAUAAAUUGAUACAUGAUAUUAUUAUAUAAGGCCAACUAUUUUUAUUUGAUUCACAAUGUCUUAAGUCGAAAUUUUUUUCGUGUUAAAAAUGAAUACAAGUUGUAAUGUUGAAAGUGUUUUUUACGAAGAUGUCCCACCAGGCACGCUUGACGAAGAAGAUUUUUUUUGUACUGAAAAGAUCGUGCCUAGAAAGAUUAAGCCCCAAAAUAUUGUCAUUAGACUAAUGGACCGUGAAAUUUAUGGUUCUCGCAAACCUGGAUCUCAUUUUCAUGUUGUCCGAGAAUUUUACCAAAAUGUCUUUCCUAAUUUAACUAUAGUCAACGUAGAAAAACCACCAUGUUUUUUGCGAAAAUUUAGCCCAGAUGGAAAGCAUUUUAUAGCAUUUUCUGCUGAUCAGACAUCAUUAGAGAUCUAUGAAUAUAGAGGGGCAUCCGCGGCUGGUGACUUAGUGGCAGGUUACCCCUCAGAUUUAUUAAAUGCUGAUGCAGAUGCACAUCAUAGAAUAAGGACACAUAUAUUUUAUAGAUUUUUUAAGCCAAAAUUUACAGUAAAUGUAUGCCAGCAAAGGUUGGUUUCCAGAGUAGAACGCAACUCUGGUCAGCUUCCUUUUAUGGAGCAGCAGCUUAAUAGAGAAUGCAGUCUCUUUACUGAAGAUGGCAGAUAUGUUAUUGUUGGCUCAGCAGCACACAUUCCUGAUGAUUUACGUCCUCACUUUUAUCACAUUCAUAGUAACAAUGAAGCAGUUACACCGACUAUAAGAUCUGCACUUGAAGAUUAUUCACUUCACUUAGUUGACUUGCACCACGGUAAACUCUGUGAUACAAAACAUUUCAGAACUGACAAAAUUUAUCUUUCACAUAACCAAGGGAUUUAUUUAUAUAAGGAGGUUUUAGCUGUAUUGUCUGUGCAACACCAAACAAUUCAUUUGUUUCAAAUUGUUGAGGGGAUGUUAAUAGAAAUUAGAAAAAUAGGGAGAUUCUGUUAUGAUGAUGAUCCAUUUAUUGUAAGUUCAGUAUUCGCACCAAUGAUAAACGAGAGACCAUUCUAUGAAGAAACCAUAAACAGUUUGAAACACAGACUUCUAGUUUUUCUUUACAAAAGAGCAAAAUCCAUAAGUGAUGAAACAAAUGAUCCUCUUGAAUUAAGAAAAUUUUAUAAAUAUUUUGACAUGUUCAAGAGUUUGAGAAUGUGGAAGAUGCAGUUAUUAGACGAGGACCAUCUUUUUAUAAAAUACGCAAGCGAGGAAGUCGUGACAUUGAGGGUUGCAGAACCUAACAGCCAGUCAUCGUUUUUCGUUAUAUACAACAUAAGUGAAAGUAAAAUUUUAGAGGUUUAUGAAAAUACUUCAGAGGGGCUAUUGCAAUUAUUCGAAAACUAUUGUGACUGUUUUAGAAACGCUAGACUUUGCACAGAUUCGCAAUUUACUUGUUCACCCUCAAAUAACUUAUAUGCGAGAUUGACUCAACAAAGAUUCAAACAGACAAUCGUGCGUGCAAUAUACGGCGGUCGGACUGAAGCAACAAAACGAAUAUUGGCACAGUUGCCAAUAAGUGCCCAGUCUUACAGUGGGUCACCCUAUUUAGAUUUGGGCCUUUUUAGUUACGACGAUAAAUGGGUGUCAGUUAUGGAAAGGCCUAAAGCUUAUGGAGAAUAUCCAAUACGUUUUUAUGCACGGGACUCAGGUCUUCUAAAGUUUAAAAUAUAUGCAGGAGUUUUGGGUCAGUCGGUACCUGCGAGUGCAAGGCGUCUAGUAGCGUUUACUUUUCACCCCACUGACCCUUUCGCGAUUAGCGUACAGAGGACUAAUUCAGAGUACAUUGUCAAUUUUCACAUAAGGAACGCGGUCUUUAGUUGACAUCUGUGAACAUUUCACGCCUAUACUAUAAAAGAAGUUACAAUUCUCGAUAUAACCAUGAAAUUAAAUAGUUGUAUAUUAUAUAUGUAUAAAUGUUUAAAUAUAUAAUUUUAUAUAAA